UAUUUUUCCUACCUAUAAAUUUACAUUCGUGCGAGAAAAACAAAUAAAAAUGGAACCAAAACCAAUUAUACCGGAAUUUUAUGACUGUAAAAAAGUGCUAAUUACUGGAGCGACUGGAUUCAUUGGAAAAGUGAUGAUAUGGAAAUUGUUACAAAGUUGCCCCAAUAUUGAUACGAUUUACGUGCUAAUUAGGGCAAAAUGGGGUAAAAGUGAUGAACAAAGAUUAGAGGAAUUAUUCCAUUUUCCUAUUUUUGAUAACUUUAAAAAAAAUAAUCCUGAAAUAUUGAAAAAAGUGGCCCUCAUUCAAGGCGACAUGCAACAAAAAGAUUUAAACUUAUCCGAAUCUGAUCGACGAAAAUUACAAGACGAAAUUACGGUGGUAUUUCAUAUCGCAGCUGUGCUGAAAAUGAACGCUACAUUGAAAGAAGCAGUCGAAAUGAAUGUCGAAGCGACAAUGACCCUUUUGAAUAUUUGCACGAGUAUGAGAAAUUUAAAGGUUUUUGUUUACGUUUCUACGACGUAUUGUUAUUGCGAUAAAGAUGUAACUGACAACAAAGUGUAUCCGGCCAAAAAUAGUCCCGAUGAAAUUAUCAAAUUGGUUCGGUGCUUGGAUUCCGAAUUAUUGGAGAAAAUGACUCCGGACAUAAUAAAGCCUCACCCCAACACCUACACAUAUUCAAAACGACUUGCUGAAAACGUGGUUUCUGAUUUUUAUCCAAGACUUCCAGUCGUUAUAGCGAGACCUUCGACAGUAAUUUCCAGUCACAAAGAACCGUUUCCCGGCUUCGUCGAUAACAUGAAUGGCGUUGUUGGAAUAAUGAUCGCAGUAGGAAAAGGUGUUCUAAGAAGUAUUUAUGCAGUUCCAGACUAUCCUGCUGAUUUAAUUCCUGUCGAUAACGUAUGCAAUGGUUUGGUCGCGUUAGCUUGGGAAGUUGCUGAAAAUAAAGAAAAACAGGAUAGUCUUCCAGUGUACAAUAUUUGCCUAUCCAGAGAUGAAAUACCAACAUGGGGCGAGUUGAUGAAAUUUAGCUACAACGUGUAUCUAAAAUGUCCACUCAGCAUAAUUCUAUGGUAUCCGAGUGUCACCAUGAAUAAAUAUAAACCUAUUCAUAUAAUUUCAACAUUACUAUUUCAAUGGAUACCAGCAUAUUUGAUCGAUUUUUUGAUGAUGCUUUUGGGCUAUGAACGAAUCUUGGUUCGCGUUCAAAGAAAAAUCGCAUUAGGAUGCAACCUUCUAACAUAUUUUUCCAGUCGAGCUUGGCGAUUCGACAAUAGCAAUGUUAUACGACUAAGGAAUUCCAUGAAUACAUCGGAUCAAGCUAUUUUCCCCGUAAAUCCAAAAGUGAUAGACCUUGCUGAUCGAGAGUUAUUCAUGUAUAAGUCAUUGAUUUUCGCCAGAGAAUUUAUUCUCAAAGAAGAUAAUGGCAAUAUACCUAGAAGCAUUAGGAAUUUGAAAAUAUUGUAUGUCUUACAUUGCGUUGUGAGGAUUCUUUUUUAUUCGAGUAUAUUUUGGAUGAUUUAUAAAAUUUGUAAUUUUUGAUCGCAGGCUAAUCCAUCCACAUACAGAUUACUUAGUUUAAGUGAUUUUUUUAAGCUUUAAAAAAUAAAUUGCGUUAUUUUAUGUA